AUGUGUCUGGUCAAAGUGAAAGAAGAGGAAGAGUACCCAACGCCUGCUCGAUACAAGCGCGUAACAAGAGUCCGACGAUACGAAGACGACCCGCCCCCACGAGUCGAACGAUCAUCAUACUACAGAGAAGAACACCGCGCGCCACCUCCACCAGCCAUCAUCGCACCGCCUCCCGCACCACCGACCUACGUCGCAGAAACCGUCAAGUCACGACGGACCUCCCGCGCACCAACAACCGUCCGCGCACCCAGCGUAACACGCUCGCACUACGUAGAAGUAGACGAAGAAGCACCCUCGCGCUCUACAUCCCCCAGCUCAGCGAGUUCCGUCUCGGACGUCAGGUCGCGAGCGACAUCGCAUCGAACUCGUAAGCCGCCGGCGAGCGAGUACAGUAUUCAUGAGCGGGAGAGAGAGGUGAGAAGGGAGCGUGCGGUGUCGAGGCCGAGGGAGGAGUAUGAGACGUAUCGGUAUGUGAAUGCGCCGCCGGAGAGGCAGAGUCGGGAUAGUUAUCCUAGGGAUCCGAGGGAGAGGGAGAGGAUUACGAUUGAGGAUAAGCAUGGUGGGAAUCGGACAAGGGUGGAGGUUAGGCGGUGA